UGUGUAUGUCAAAGUGACAGCAAAGUCCAACGGAUGACUGUAACAUUUCCAAUGAUGUCAUUUCUGAGUAAACCAAUACGCUCAGAUGUAAAUAAACUGAACUGUCUACAAAACGCACUGCGAUUGGCCAUCCAUUCGAUUGAGAGUCAAUCGUUGAAGUGAAGCUAUUUAUUGCCCAAAUCGCUUGCAGUACGAUACGGGUUUUUUUUCUGUUCCAAGACAUGAAAAGACACUUAUUCCAAAUUAUUGAACAGAAUCAAUUGUAAUUAUUUAUUUAGUUUAUUCAAUUGCAUAUGAGUUAGCUUUGUUGUUUUAUCAAUGGAAAACCAUGAAAUUGGUUAUUGAAGCAACUGAUUAGCUUCCAAUUGAGACGAUAGUUAUUAGAAAGUUUUAGUAGAAUUUAGGAUAAUAGCAAACAAGUAUUUCGAAAUGUCGGAAAAGGAAACUGUGCAUGAGAUUUUGAGCUCAGCUCUCGACGCUGAUGAGCGCGGUGAAAAGGAACAAGCUGUGGAAUUGUAUAUGAAAGCCGUGGAAUUCAUAUUGAAAAUUGGUGAUCCGAAAACACGGGAACUUUUCAACAAAUAUGCCGUUCAAGCACUUGAUCGGGCCGAAGAGUUGCGUGGCAUUUCAUCGCCAAUACAGGUGGCAAAAAUUGACGAUAGUCAUGCGAGUUAUUUGCGAGUACAAAGUACAAACAUUGCGAAGCCGGAGACCGAUCGACCUGUUCCAAAGCCCCGAGCAAUUGGCGCAUCCGGAUACACAGAGGACGAGAAACGUGUGCUCAAUCAUACCUCGAAAGUUAAUGAGAAUAUAUUUGUGCCUUUCAUGGAUGUCGAUUUGAAAGAUCGUUUCGUAUUUUCAAUUCCAUUCACCGACAAAGAUGGCUAUUUGGCAUUGGCACCAAAACAAAGGCGUGACUUCAUCGAAUGGCGUCGAGUCAGUGAAUUGUGUGAGAAUCCAAAGUUGAUUGUUGGCGAUUUUGUGGAUUAUCACAGUAUCAAACAAACGGUGAUAUCGGAUUGUAGCUUUGUUGCUUCGUUGGCUGUGUCUGCACUCUAUGAAAGACGAUUCGGAAAGGCUCUGGUUACCUCUAUUAUUUAUCCCAGGAAUUCGAAAAAUGAACCCAUUUACAAUUCCAGCGGUAAAUACUCGAUUAAACUACAUAUCAAUGGGAUUCCACGGAAAGUCGUAAUCGAUGAUCAUUUACCGAUCGGUCGAUACAAUCAAUUGCUUUGCUCAUAUUCGAAUAACAAGAAUGAGUUCUGGGUGAGCCUACUUGAAAAAGCCUACAUGAAAGUGAUGGGCGGUUAUGAUUUUCCAGGAUCAAAUAGUAAUAUCGAUUUGCAUGCAUUAACUGGUUGGAUACCCGAACGAAUUGCCAUUCGCUUGAAAGAGGAGACUUUCAAUGCAGAUGCCGUUUUUGAUCGGCUUGAAACUGCCUUGGAACAUGGACGUUGUUUGGUUACCGUUGCCACCGGUGAAUUGACCGACGACCAAGCUGAACGAACUGGAUUGGUUCCGGCCCAUGCAUACGCUGUUCUCAAUUUGAGAGAAGUCAAUGGUGUUAAACUAUUGCAACUCAAAAAUCCAUGGUCACAUCUGCGAUGGAAGGGUCAUUAUUCUGAGAUGGAUACUGUACAUUGGACACCGGAACUACAGGAGACAUUGAACUACAAUCCAAAAUUAGCCGAACAGUUUGACAAUGGCAUCUUUUGGAUAGAUUAUCGAUCAAUUUUGAACUUCUUCGAUGUGUUCUACGUAAACUGGGAUCCAAAUCUAUUUCAAAAUACAUAUUGCAUUCAUGCAUCAUGGAAUGCGGGCGUUGGACCAACCAAAGAUGCCUAUACCAUUGGUGAUAAUCCGCAAUUCAGUUUGCGUAUCGGCGCUGGCACUGGAUCAGUAUGGGUUUUGUUAACAAGACACAUCACAUCGAUUGAAGAUUUUAGGGAGAAUCAUGAGUACAUUACACUUUUAGUCUAUCAAAACGGUGGCAAACGAAUUUAUUACCCAUAUGAUCCGCCGCCAUAUAUCGACGGAGUUCGAAUCAAUAGUCCGCAUUAUUUGUGCAAAAUUCGAUUGGAUCCGAGUCAAGAGAAGAAUUACACACUGGUCGUGUCUCAACAUGAGAAAACAACAACGAUUUAUUAUACACUUCGAGCAUACUCACGUAAUCCAUUUGAAUUCAAGGCGAUUCCAAGCACGUAUAUUGGCAAACAAACGGUGAAUGGUGAAUGGAAAGGCAACCGUGCUGGUGGUUGUCAAAAUCAUCCGGCAACAUAUCGAAAUAAUCCAAGAUAUAGUUUAAAACUUGGUCCGAAAGAUUUAAGCAAUUUAGUCAUUGAGUUGCGUGGACCGAAAGUCUAUCAGGUUGGAUUCGAAAUAACCGUUGCUUCACUGGACGAUCCAACUGUAACGGCACCAUUUGUUUCAAAAACAACCGGCAAUUAUCGCUCGGGAUAUUGUGUGCUCGAUCUAAAUGAUAUGCCUGCUGGUACCUACAACAUCAUACCAUCCACAUACUUACCCGCCCAAGAAAGCCCAUUUAUUUUAAGUGUCAAAGCAACGACCAACAUUUCCAUUGAACUAAUCAAUUGAAAUUGACGGUUUGACACCCAAGUGUUCAAAUAUAUUUUUACACCACUCAGUGGAGCAACUUAUGAACCAAUGUAAUUGUUAUCAAUUUUUCAACAUUUUCUCUCUCUGCAGAAUUUUGUUAUUCAAUAAAAUCUUUUUAUGUUUUAUUAUGAAAA